AUGAAUGCGGAUCCUUUGUUCGACGAUGACGAUGACGACAUUUUUGUCGAAUUUUCAAUCACACCGUUGUUGGAAGACCCGGAAAAGCGAAUGGAUGCUUUGAAAAGGGCAAAUCUUAUGAAUGAGCCAAAAGAUGAGCCAGACUUGAAGAUGGCCAAGAAAACGACCAAAGAAACAACGUUUGCAGUUUGCCCAGUGUGUUCGAGGACACUUCGCUAUUGGAGCCAAACCCGUCGUUUGGAGCACAUCAACCGUUGCCUCGACACACAAGCAACCGAAGCGAAGUUUGAGCAAGAAAAACAGAAAGUGAACCGAACGAUGGACUGCCCAAUGUGCCGGAAACCGCUUGAAGAUGGGCCAUUCCAGAUUGCCCACAUCAAAAAAUGUUCCCGCGAGCAUCAUGUCGCCGGAUCAGAUGCCAUGAAACUUUACGAAACACAAAAAAAAGUUUCUGAAGUUCGAAAGGAAAAUGGCCUUCGUCACAAUGGGGCCAAGUCACCGAGGCGGAAACCAGUUCUACCAAAACCUUUGAAAGGACAACCACGCUCGAUGAAUGAUGAACAGGUGCAACUGGCCAAAGCUAUGUCUGUGAGCCUGAAAGAGAAAUUGGAAAAUCCAGAAGAUGUUGCUGGCCCCUCAAAUGUACUUCCUGAAAUUGAAAAAGAUGAGGCAAAUGAUUUUUUAGCCGAGUUACGACAGGCGCCGAAUUUUUCGAUUGUCACUGAAUUGGCACGACGCUCACGGAAAAGGCGGAGUUACGAUGUAAUUGCGUUCACUCCUGAAAAUUGUGCUUGUAAACAAGCAUAUGAGCUCAAUACCAGGUUUUUGGAUCUUUUCAAAGUCAAAUACCCUGAAAGUGACAAGACUGUGCCAAUCACUGCUGUUUCUGAAGAAGAUAAACAAGCGACCAUGCUUUUUGGAAUGAAAAUUGAUGAGAUGUAUUCGAAGCUCGCUCGUUUGUCAAAGCUUUCAUCAAUACUGGGAUGUAUGGCGGAUGCAUUUGAUCCAUUGUCAGCGACUCCGAUUCGAUUAGUUGGCACUGGCGGUGGGUUUAUCUGCGUGGUGCGAGAAAUUCUUAAGAGACGUACAACUGUUUUGAAUGGGCAAAAUGCUGAGGUCCAAGAAGUCGACAUUGAAGCUUCACUUGAUGUGAUGCGCGAAUGGCUUCGAUUCGUUUAUGCAUCAAAAGUCGAAUGGACACUUGAGAAGAACGAUAAGAUAUUGAAGAUCGCCGAAAAGUAUGGGCCAGAAGAAUUGCCAGCCAUUUGUCGCGCCAUGAGUAGACGAAAGGAGAAGAAUUUGCCGAAAGGAGAAGAGGUUCAGCCGGAAAUUUUGGAAGAAGAAAAAACAGAU